AUGUCGGCGGCUCAGAGCGGGGACGUGUCGGGCUACCAGCUGAGCGUGGUGCGGAGCCCCCCAGGAUGGGAGGUGGGGAUCUACCUGGUGGGUUUCCUGGUGCUGCUGUGUGUCGCGGGGCUCAACAUCUGGAAACUGCUGAAAUCUGGAGCCUUCCCGGCGCCCUCGCCGUUCCCCAACUUUGACUACCGUUACCUGCAGGAGAAGUACGGGACCUCCUUCUCUGAAGUCCGGCAGAAGAGAGUGGCGGCCAACAACCACCGCCGAACCUCCACUGCCUCCAGCCGUAAGGCCAGUCUGGCUCUGGGAGAAACCCCGGAUGGGUUCAGAGACCUGGGCCACUUGGAGCUGAUGAGCCGGGAGCUGGACCCGGGUGGGUUGAUGGUCCAGCUCAACCGCUCCGUGUCCACCGACUCGCUCAGCUCCAUCUCCUCCAUCGCCAACAACUUCGGCCACGACUUCACCGUGGGCCAGCUGGAGGUGACCCUGGAGUUUGAGGCGUCACGACAGGGAACCGGUCUGCUCCACAUCACCCUGCACCAGGGCAAGGACCUGCUGGAGAAGGAGGAGGGAGACUUCCCCGGCUGUUUCAUCCGGAUCUCCCAGGGACCCGAGGAGUUUAACGUCGGAGUCACCAGGGUCCAGACCAACGCCUUCACCGUGAUGUUUGACGAGCACUUCUCCGUUCCCUUGGAGCUGUCGGCCCUGGAGGAGAACAGCCUGCGCUUCACGGCGUUCGGCAUCGACGCCGACGAGCGGAACAUCAGCGCCGGCAUCGCUGAGCUCAAACUGUCCGACCUGGACCUGACCAUCCGCCCCUUCAAUGCCUGGCUCUACCUGCAGGAUGUCAAUAAGGCCGUCGAUGCGGUUGGAGAGAUUCUCUUGUCCCUCAGCUACCUGCCAACAGCAGAGCGCCUCACAGUGGUCGUCGCCAAAGCCAAGAACCUGGUCUGGACCAACAGCAAGACCACUGCCGAUCCAUUCGUCAAAGUCUACCUUCUGCAAGACGGCAGGAAGAUCAGUAAGAAGAAGACGUCCACCAAACGCGAUGACACAAACCCCAUCUUCAACGAAGCCAUGAUCUUCUCUGUGCCGUCGCUCGUGCUACAGGAGCUGUCCUUGAGGGUGACGGUGGCGGAGGGCACGGACGACGGGCGCGGCGAGAACGUGGGUCACGUGAUCAUCGGCCCCGAGGCCAGCGGGAUGGGGAUCACCCACUGGAACCAGAUGCUCGCCACCCUGAGAAAACCGGUGUCCAUGUGGCAUCCCCUGCGCAGAACCUCCUAA